ACUUGAUCAGGCAGCUACAACAAUAAAGACGAUUUUUGUAAUGUUGUUUUCGGUUGAACUUGCCUGUACUUGUGUGGGGCAAUUUGGUUAUGUGUAAUGUAUUUCAAACCUUUUGGUAUUUUUUUAUAAAAUAGUAUAAUUAUCAAUAAACAGUGAAAUAUGACCCAUUGCAUGUUUAUAUACUAAUAAUAAAACAGGACAGUAGAGACAUAUUUCCUUUGACCUGAAGUGUUAAACAACAUAAUUAUCUAAACCACAAAAUGGAAGUCGACGAAGCGGUUCAGGCAACUAAUGAUGAUGCCAGUGAGUGCAAACGAUGUGCAGUCCAGUUGGGGUACUGGGAAGACAGAUAUAUUCAUCACUUGGUUCGAGGUAGGGAAAGAAAAGCCCCGGAAAUAAACAGAGGAUAUUUUGCCAGAAUUAAAGGAGUUGAAAUGUUACUUACAAAAGUUUUAAAGAAAACGGGCAGAAACUGUCAAAUCAUCAAUUUGGGAGCAGGUUUUGACACAACAUACUGGCGUUUGAAAGAUAUGGGCUACAAUGUUGUUAACUUCACAGAGCUAGAUUUUCCUUCAGUCACAUCCAAGAAAUGUUUUUACAUCAAACGUAACAAAGCACUACUUGAUGAAAUAUAUGUUGAAGAUGGUGAGGUGAGACUCAGUGCUACAGAUUUGCAUGCUAGCAACUACCAUGUGGUCGGUGUGGAUCUACGGAACUUGAUUGAAGUUCAACAGAAGUUGUCACAAUCGGAGAUAACUUUUGAUGUACCAACAGUGUUUAUUGCAGAAUGUGUUUUGGUUUAUAUUGAGACAGCAUUAGUUAAUCAGCUACUCUCUUGGAUUGUGAGUGCGUUUCCUACAGCCUUCUUUAUUAAUUAUGAACAGGUAAAUAUGGGCGACAAGUUUGGAGAAGUAAUGCUGAACAACUUGAGAGCAAGAGGUUGUCCAUUGGCAGGAGCUGAUGCUUGUCAUUCUCUUGAUACCCAAAUGCACAGAUUUACUGGAACCGGGUGGGAUGGAUCUCGGGCUUGGGACAUGGUGGAGGUGUACAGCACGAUCCCAGCAAGUGAGAGGCAGAGGAUAGAGCAACUGGAGUUCCUGGAUGAGCAAGAGUUACUGACCCAGCUGUUCCAGCAUUACUGCAUCAGUACGGCAUGGCGAGGGCAGUUGCUGAGUGAAAUCGGCAUCUCAUAGCAACCACCCCUCGACUGGCAUCACCACUUCACACUCAAACUUACCAUUUAAACUCUCUGUGUUGUGUUCAUGUAUUUGUGUGUGUCAAAAUUCAUCUUCAAUGUGAAAUGACUUGAAGCUAAAAUCCAGCUGUUCCAUGACCCAAAAAAGUCAAAUUAUCUUAGGUUAAGCUUUCAUGAACAGGUCUCCAGUAAUUGAAAGAGGUUUGGUAACGGUUUGUUUCUUAACAUUAUAACGUUUUAAACAGAAACAUAGCUAAAAUGAGAGAUGAUUCCAUAGUUGUGCUCUUUGUGACAACAGUAUGUUGAAACAGUAAAUGGAAUUUAUAAGAGACAGGCUUCAUAAUUCAUAAAUAUUGGAUGUUUGCUGUGUAUUCAACUCCUGUCUCAGUGAGGAGAAAUGGUUUCCAUUGUGUAAUUUCCCUGCUUCUUCAUAAUAUAACAAUUACAGAGUCAUGAUCAAUGAUGUUAAUCUCCAAACAGGUUUAGCUGUACAAUGUUGCAUUAUUGCUACUGAAUAAGAAUGUUAAGAUUCAAUAAUGUCUUAAAUAAUUUAACUGAUAAAUCUUCAAUUAGUUUUUAUAUUGUAUUCAUAUCUCUAUAUAGUACUUCCAAAACAAAUACUUAGCACAAAUUCUAGAAUAAAUUAGUACUUACAAUACGACAAUUUAGUUUAUAAAUCCUGACUGCAAACAGUAUUUUAUCAAAUCUAGAUUUAUUCAUAAAUAUGAUCAAUCUUCAAUGUACAUAUUAUCGCCUAUGAAUGUAUGUGAACGGAGUUUAUUGUACAUUAGGAGAAACAAAACAAAUGAGCAUUUUUAUCUUAUUAUGUUUGAGACUCAGUUGUAACAGUAAAUCAUAAUCAUUGCUUGAAUCAUGCACUAAAUUAUUCUAACAAUUUUAAAUAUGUGAUUUCUUUGUGUACUCUGUUCUAUAAAAAUUGUGUAAAUAUUAACCAUUCUUAUUUUAAAUUGUUGUUUGUUCGCAGAGAUAUAUGAAAGUAAACAUAUAUGAUUACGUUUCCUAUUUUA